AGAGAAGGGGGCUAUGCCAUCGGCGCAGAGCAACAUUGGAGAUCAGCGCCAGACGCCAAACCCUCGGAGAGGCAGACGGAGCUCCUUUCCCCAUGAGAGGAGCAAGAGAAGGAGCAGAACAGGAAGCGAAGGAGGAAAAAUAAAGGGAGGGAACUCCAUCCACGCCUUCUAUCCUCAGCACCUACUUGCUACUCACUGUGCUGUGCAGUCUACUGUUGCUUCACUGGGCUCCCUUAGACAGCCCUAGCAUAGCGGAGCGUACGGUUCACACGAGAAGAGCAACUGUAAGGCUGGGUUUCUAUGUGGUGUCAGAGGAAGCUGUCAGCACUCGUCAUCAUUAAGGCUUCAUCCAAGGCAAGACCUGACGCAUCAUUAUUUCCUCUUCAAAAGGAAUAUCCAUAGUGAAUAAGUCAUUAUCUCCAGCUCAGUAGGACCAUCUCAAAGGAAGAUAUCAAGAGUUUGGGCUUGUUGUUGAUGACUGUAUUCACCACAUUAGCUUCUGGAGAAUGAAAGUGGACACCCACUGUUGGAUCUACCUUCUCCAAUCCUCAUUCCAGUACCCCACAUCUAGAGCUACGCCAUAUGGAAACGAUCUAAGAAGGUCUAGGUUUUUUUGAGUUCUUCAGUCCAUAAGGUUGCGAUUGGGCUUCUUCUCGGGAAAGGACUCUACGACGCUAGCCAUGACGCCCAUGCAAAAGCUCCUCCAGUUGCCGGUGAACGCGAUGAAUAUGGUGAAAACGGCGCAGGACCAGAUGGGGCAGCAGGAUGAGGCCAAAAGCCCUGUGAUGACCCCGGAUGGCGGAAACCAUAACUGGUACAACGGGGAGCCCAACGACCCGCGCCACAUCCGGUUUGGCAGCGGAGGUGGAGACCAGGAGGAGCGGGCCCACCUGGAGGAAGGGGGAGGCAGUUUAUCCAGCCUUGUGACCCAGCCUUUGCGACAUGAUGACUUGAAAGAGAUGCUGGACAGCAACAAAGACUCCCUGAAGCUGGAAGCUAUGAAGAGGAUUGUGGCUAUGAUCGCCAGAGGGAAGAAUGCCUCGGACCUCUUCCCAGCAGUGGUGAAGAAUGUGGCCUGCAAGAACAUCGAGGUGAAGAAGCUGGUCUAUGUGUACCUGGUGCGCUAUGCUGAGGAGCAGCAGGAUCUGGCUCUGCUCUCCAUUUCAACCUUUCAGAGAGGCCUGAAGGACCCUAACCAGUUGAUCCGGGCCAGUGCUCUGCGUGUGCUCUCCAGCAUCAGAGUCACCAUUAUUGUCCCUAUCAUGAUGCUAGCCAUCAAAGAGGCUGCCUCCGACAUGUCCCCCUAUGUGAGGAAGACGGCAGCUCACGCCAUCCCCAAACUCUACAGCUUGGACCCAGAGCAGAAGGACUGUCUGAUUGAGGUCAUUGAGAAGCUCUUGGCUGAUAAAACCACACUAGUGGCAGGUAGUGUUGUCAUGGCCUUUGAGGAGGUGUGUCCUGAGCGCAUAGACCUGAUCCAUAAGAACUACCGUAAACUGUGUAACCUGCUGAUCGACGUGGAGGAGUGGGGUCAGGUGGUCAUCAUCAACAUGCUCACUCGCUACGCCCGGACGCAGUUCCUCAACCCCAACAUGAACGAAUCCCUGUUGGAGGAGGGUGGUGGAGAGAAGGCCUUCUAUGGCUCUGAUAAUGAUGAUGACACCGACGAUGAGGAAGACAAAGAGGAGAAGGAGAAGAAGAAGACUGAGGCGACUGCCAUUGUCAAGAGGAAGCCUUAUGUGAUGGACCCAGACCACCGGCUACUGUUGAGGAAUACCAAGCCCCUACUGCAGAGUCGAAACGCAGCAGUGGUGAUGGCUGUGGCUCAGCUAUAUUUCCACCUGGCACCCAAAGCGGAGGUAGGCGUCAUUGCCAAGGCUCUGGUGCGCCUCAUGAGGAGUCACAGUGAAGUGCAAUAUGUCGUCCUUCAGAAUGUGGCAACGAUGUCCAUCAAGAGAAGGGGGAUGUUUGAGCCCUAUCUGAAGAGUUUCUACAUCCGCUCCACAGACCCAACCCAAAUUAAAGUCCUCAAGCUGGAGGUUUUGACCAAUUUGGCCAACGAGACAAAUAUAUCCACCAUCCUGAGAGAAUUUCAGACGUACAUUAAAAGCAAUGAUAAGGACUUUGUGGCAGCCACCAUCCAGGCCAUCGGCCGCUGUGCCACCAACAUUGGGGAGGUGAGGGACACCUGUCUCAACGGCCUGGUGCAGCUGCUCUCCAACCGCGAUGAGUUAGUAGUGGCCGAGUCGGUGGUGGUGAUUAAGAAGCUGCUGCAGAUGCAGCCCGAACAGCACAGUGACAUCAUCAAGCACAUGGCCAAACUCACCGACAACAUCCAGGUGCCCAUGGCGCGGGCCAGUAUCCUGUGGUUGAUUGGGGAGUAUUGCGAGCACGUUCCCAAGAUCGCUCCGGAUGUCCUGAGGAAGAUGGCCAAGACCUUCACCAAUGAGGAAGACAUCGUCAAGCUGCAGAUCAUCAACCUGGCUGCCAAACUCUACCUGACCAACUCCAAACAGACAAAACUGCUCACUCAGUACGUGCUGAACCUGGCCAAGUACGACCAGAACUAUGACAUUCGUGACCGGGCACGCUUCAUCCGCCAGCUCAUCGUGCCCACUGACAAGAGUGGUGCCCUCAGCAAGUAUGCCAAGAAGCUGUUCCUGGCCCUUAAGCCUGCGCCCGUCCUCGAAUCUCCAUUUAAAGAUCGAGACCACUUCCAGCUGGGCUCGUUGUCCCACCUACUGAAUGCCAAGGCCGGCGGCUACCAGGUGCUGCCUGACUGGCCCGAGGCCGCCCCAGACCCCUCUGUGCGCAACGUGGAGGUGAAGGAGUCUGUUAUUACGCUGCUUGAAAGAGUCACAACUUUAACCAGCGUGCCGGAGUGGACCAAGUGCAGCAGCCGUGAGAAAAGGAAAGAAAAGAAGGCGGACAAGCCAUUCUACUCUGACUCGGAGGGCGAGUCUGGCCCGACCGAGUCUGCUGACAGUGCCUCAGACACAGCCAGCGGCUCAGAGAGUGGCAGUGGCAGUGAGGAGAGCGGCUCGGGAUCCGAGAGUGAGGAGAGCAACGAGGAGUCUGAGUCUGCAAGCGAGGAGGACGAGGAGGAAGAGGGGAAGAAGAAAAAGAAGAAUGUGGAGAAGAUCAAAGCAAGGAAACCUGUUCCAGAAAGUGAAAGUGAGCCGAGCAGUGGAGAGGAUGUGAAGAAAAGCGAGAAGAAGAGCAAACCGCGGAUUGGUAGCUCCGAGUCAGAAUCCGAGGAGGACGACGAUAGUGAGUCAGAGAGCAGCGAGUCAGAGGAGGAGGAGUCAGAAGAGGAGUCAGAGGAGGAGACCAAGAAGAAAAAGAAGACCACAGCAUCUAAACCUCCAUCCAAACCACCCAAAAAAGAGAACAAGAAAGAAAAGAAAGAAAUGUCUCUGCUUGAUUUUGAUGACUUUGACCCCGCUCCAUCUCCGUCUCAAGUCACGCCCCUCAACAACUUCCUGUCCAGCAGCCUAGUGACAGAUCUGGAGGGCUUGUCCCUGACCGAAAAUGUUCUGUCCCCUACGACCAUCGUCCCAUCCGGCAAUCUGAAGACCUACGAGCUGCUCCACCGUAUCACCGGCGAGGGCCUGUCAGUGGAGUACUGCUUCAGCCGCCAGCCGUUCAGCCCCGACCCGCACAUGGUGGCAGUCAAAAUCCAGUUCACCAACAGCGCCACCUCCGAGGCCAAGAGCCUGCACAUGGAGGACGCCAAGUUGCAAUCAGGCAUGAGGAUCAAAGAGUUCCCUGAGAUCGAGGUGUUACCUGCGGGCGAGACUGUCAGCGUGGUGAUGGGCAUCGAUUUCUGUGAUUCCACACAGGCAGCCAACUUCCAGCUCUGCACUCACACCAGGAAGUUCUUUGUGUCGAUCCAGCCACCGGUUGGAGAGCUGAUGAUGCCAAUCUUUAUGACAGAAAAUGAGUUCAAAAAGGAGCAAGAGAUGCUAUUACAAAGUCUAGGUCAGUUGAUGGGCAUGAAUGAGAUCACAGAGAAGCUGACCCUGGAGGAGAAGUGUCAGGGCGAGCACGCUGUCGUUCAAAGGGUUACCACUGCUGCCAACCUCAGCCGAGUGCCCUGUGGCUCAGACAAGGAGUGCAGCCCUCCUGUACCUCCUCCCCCAUUUCCGAUUCACAGGUUCGCUGGGAAGACGGUGACCAGUGGCAGCCUUGUACUGGUCAGUGUGGUCACCAAAGAGGACGGGGCCGCCCAGCUGACGGUCAACUGUGAGAAAAUGGUGAUUGGCACGAUGCUGGUCAAGGACAUCCUUCAGGCCCUCACACAGUGAUGACCCCUAACUCUUGACCCCUGACCUUUGACCCCAGCAAUUUCCUUCCUCUCCCACAGCUCGGUUCUGUCUCCCUUUGCUCACUCACAUACAUACAACCACACAUUCAUCCACUCCCAUUCCAAAUACCCCAAUACUUAGAGUCCUCUUUCUCUUGCUUAAGACACUGGUAGUCUGAUAAGAAUAUAUAGAAGACAGGUUUGAUCCAUCGCUCAAUUGAUAUUCUCCAUGUAAUGCAGGUUUCAAACAAAUUAUGAUGAUUUUUUACUUAUACGAGAGACGCAAAUCUGGGGGAAAUAAUAGGCCCCACUUUGACUUUUAAAAUCACUUCCUACGAACCGUCGUAACAAAUUACAGAAUGGCAUUACUGUACACGAUUUGUAAAGACAAUAAGUCAUUAAGAAUCAUCCCACUGAUCAAAUAAAAUCUGUGACGGCGUUGAAUCAACAUGGAAAACUGAUUGGAUUUGCAAAAAGUAAUCAGCAUAAGGAAAAAAAAAAUUUCACACAACUUUUAACCUAUAUUUGUUUGUUGAUUUCACAUUGAAUUCAUGUUAACUCAAAAAUGUUUUAAUCAAAACUAGACAUUGAACUUAGGUCAGUGCCCAGUGGGAUGUUUAUCCUAACCAAAAAUCCUCCUUAUCAUUUGUCAUGACUGCUGUAAAGGUUUGACAUGCUCUCUUUAGCCAUAUCUACGAAUGGCUCAUGAUGUAUAGUACAUUAUUGUCUGAACUAAAGACUGCGAGUCCUCGUCCAAUACUCUUGCUAUACUUGUUUCGGCCAUGCACAAAUGUACUAUGUAGAAAACACCAUGCCUUUUAAAAAAUGUAGUGUGGUACCAUUACCAACAAUACUUAGGUACAGUAACAGGGUAUAUCAUCAUCAAGAAAAAAGUGGUCACUCCUCAAUUUACUUUGGUCUGCUGAAUGUUCAAUGAAGUCCCCUUUUGAAUAUUGUAGUUCUCUAUUCUCAAUCUCUACCGCCUGGCCCGCUAAAUGUCAUACACAUAGAAUAGAUGUUAUUGAGUGGGAGUCCUGCAGUUGAAAAUGAUAUACAGUAAACGUGAUUGAAUGCAUUGCAAUAUUUAAUACAAAAUCUAAGGUCUGUGUUAGUGUGUGUCUGUGUCUGUGUGUAUGAAUGAUUUCCAAACAUGACAAUGUCAAAUCAUCAUGGCCCAAGGCAAACUGUUCUGUAAUCAGCAGCUAUCUGUGUUUUCCUGCCUUUCCAUUGACAUUUGCAUAUACUUACUGUAUUUCCAGUAUAGGUUAACCAUGCUAUAUUUAAAAGUGGUUUCUAAUCAUGCUAUAAACCCACUGAUGUUGUCAUAAUGAGACCUACGGAAAUGGGAUCCUAAGGAAACUGCACUAUGCUGUCUUGGGCGCCAAUGGGUCACACCAGGUAAAGGGCCUUGCUCUGUAUCGGGGAGACACGUGAUAUGAUAUAACAUAACCCACCUGCAUAUCUGCAAGCUGCCUUCAUGACAUAAGUGAUGUUAUUUAUUUAUUUGUUUAGAUUUUUUUUGCCAUAGGAACAUGUAUUUGUAUCGUCACACCAAAGGAGUUCAAUAUAGCAAGCAUCAAUAACAGUUAUGAUAGAAAGUUGGAGAGUGAAAGAAAAGGGAAAAUGACAGCAGUUUUUUACUCCUUGAAAUUUGAAUUGUUUUAUUUGUUCAGUGUCGCACUGGUAAAUCUUUCAAGCUUGUGGACUUAAUUCACAGGUUUGUGGAGUCAUGACACCGUCAAAGAACAAAUCAUUUAAGUUGAAUAUACAUGUCAUUUCAAAUUCAUUUUACUACUGGUAUGCAGACAAUUUGAGGACAUAAUUUGCUUAACUCAUACCAUUGACCUUAUGAAAAGUACCUUAUUGAAAGUACUGUUAAACGUGGCAGUGGUCUAUUAUUUCCUCCCCUAAAAUACAAAGCUAUAUAUAACUUUAAAUGGUUAAACCUUUCUCUCAAAAUGAAAACUUUGCAAUGAAUUUAAGAUAAUAGUGGAUGGAGCAAUCAUUUAAAGGGUAUUGUUAUUUUAAUGCACACUCUCUUUCUCUUUCUGAUGUCAUGAUUAUGGUCUACCAUAUCUUCUGUGUGGUUAUGAAAUAAUGUGAUGUUUAAGCUUUUAUUUAUUAUUCAAAUGAAAAUAAUGAAAUAAAACGGAUGAAAUGUG